AUGGUGAAGGCCGAGGUGUACAUGCCGAUUCUCGGCUACGUUCGCAACCACAUCAUCGCCAACUCGGUCAUUGUGUUCCUGGUGCUGGUCAUCGUCACGCUGCGUGUUAUUGGGCGGUCCAUGGGACCGGGCCUGGGAUGGGAUGAUGCCUUUGUUUUGAUCGCGACGCCUCUUGGUGUGGCCAUGCUCGUGUGCCAAGGACUUUUCGCUCCCGUGGGCAAUGGGUACUCUUUGCCAGAGCACCCAGAGUUGGCCAUGAACAUCCCCUUCAUCCUGCAGUUGGUGUUCGGCAUGCAGCUUGGCUACACUCUGCUUCUCGCCGCCACCAAGGCGAGCAUGCUGUUCUUCUACCUGCGGGUCUUUGUCAACCCCUGGGUGCAGCGAGCCUCCCAGAUCACACUCGGGGUUAUCGCCCUAUGGACGAUUGCCUACCUGUGUGCUUGCAUCUUCCUCUGCAAGCCCGUCUCGGCCCAGUGGACCGGUGCCGGUACUUGUGGCGAGUACAUCCCGAUGAUCCAGUCACUGAUCGGCACGAAUGCGUUGGGCGACGUGGUGAUCAUGCUGUUGCCCAUGCACAGUGUGUGGAACCUCAAAAUGCGCAAGACGGACAAGCUCGGUAUAACGGCCAGCUUCGGUCUGGGUAUCGCCUGCGUCGUCUGCGCCAUCUUCCGCCUCGUCUACCUGUCGACCGUGGACCUUACGAACAACGUCACCGGCACCAUGCCCCCGACCGUCUUCCUCUUCACACUCGAACCGAACCUCGCUAUUCUCUGCAUCAGCAUCCCCAUGCUUCGACCCUUUUACGUGCUCUACAGGAAGCACAUGGGCGGAUCCAGGCUCAAAGAGUCCGAGGACCGCACCAGCGGCUUCCGGAGCCACGCCAACGAGCUCAGCGGCAGUGGGAACAUGGGCUCGAUGGCCCGCGGCAAUGACGGCUGGGAGAUGGGCAACUACUACCCGCGCAGCAAGGGGGCGCACCGCAAUUCCGUGUCGGCUGUCGACAAUGACGGAUCCGACUCGGAGAAGAACCUGACGGCCAGCCCGCCCAAGAACAAUGGCGACAUCUUCGUCAAGACGGAUUGGGUGGUGAGCCGAGAUUGA